AUGGGUAAUAAAUUGUAAGGGAGAGAAGCCAUAUCAUAUAAAUUGAAAAGUGGAAAAGUAUUUGAAAUACAAGUCAAUGAUCUUUAAGGAGGCAAGAAAUUUCCAAAGCCUCCCAAGAGAGAGGACAUUAUAUUAAAAUAUAAUCAAUGGCUAUCAGAAGUUAUUUUGGAAGAGUCAGAUAUUAAACUCUUGUAGACAGUUGAAUCGAAGUAUAAAUUUCGUAUUUGCUACCUUCAUGAAUAAAUAAUGGAAAAAAUCAACAUAUAGAAAAAAGAAGAAUUUUAGACUAAUCAGAUUUUUAUUGAUUAAUUAAAAAAAAGUAUUAAUAGAUUAUACGAGGAUUAUAAUGAUGUGGAUAUAAGCAGCAUUAGUAAAAGUCUUUCGAAUUCUAGUUGUAUUGAUCAAAAAGUAGAGCUAAUUAAAAAUAUGAAUUUCAUCUCCUAUUUAGCAGAUAGAUUGAUACUUUUAGAAGAGACAUCUAGAAUUACAAAUAAUUUUAGAGAUCAAAUUAGAAUAUUAGAACUCUAUUAAGUUAUCUUGAACACAUACAAUAUUAAUCAUAAGUCCCUAUUUCAUGAAUCUAAAUGUUUUAAAUCAGUCAUUCAAAAUUUUCAUCCAGUUGAACCUAAAGUAACUGGUUUAGUUUUCAAAAUUAUAGCAGGAUAAAAUGGAUUAAGUUGGAAAGAAAAUAACUUUCAAAAUAUCUAAGAUGCCUUACAAAAUCUGUAAGAUCUUUAUGCAUUUUAAAAUAAAUUCUAAAUAUUUCUUAGAACAAUGUAUUAUACAAAAAAUCUUAUAAUGAUCUAUUAAAUUAUAAAGUUUCUCUUUCGAUAUUUGUAUUCAUUAGAUGAUAAAAACUAAUUAUAAGUUGCAACUGAACUCUACACUUCAAAAGUAAACGAUAAAUAGUUAGAGGAUGUUUUUAAGUAAAUUAAACUUAGAAUAAAACUGGAUCUAUAUAAAAAAGAAGAUUGUACUUAUGAAUCAGUUAGAAACAUACUUACUACUUUUGAACAUCCAUUGAUUUCCUAUAACUAAGAUGAUCCGAGAUUGACAAAACAAUUUGCUUCAUUUGUAGAGACAAUUGUUGAUGAUAAAAUGAAUUACGAAAGUGAUUAUGACUCUUCCCAAAAUAUUUAGGAUAUCAAUUUUUUAUAAGAUUAGUAUUUUUACUAUGAGGAGGGUUAGGAACAUGUGUUCAAAGCCAUAAAAUAAUCAGUUAUAGAAUGGAUUGAUGCAAUCUAAAAUAUAAGUCUACUAUCUUUAAAGGAGGAUGAGGUCGAUUAGUUUUUCUUGGAAAAUGAGAAGACAUAGCAUUAUGCAUUUAUUGGAGAAAAGGAUAUCAACUCUUCUAAUUAGGCACUUUCUAAAACACCCAAGAAUGAUCGUUCUGAACAAGAAGAUUAGAAUGUGGAAUAGAAAAACUAUAAAAGCAAAUACAAAGAAGCAAAAGAAAUAAUUAAUGAAUUAAGAAAUCAAUUAGAUUAAUAAACAAAUCAACAUUAUCUAAAACUAUAAGAACUGUCAGUUUAAAAUUAGAAAUUAAAUGAAGAGAAUGGCUAAACUAUAAAAAAAUUAUAAGAAUAAAUUAAACAACUCUAAAAAGAAAUCCAAGAUUAUAAAACACUGGUGGCUUAAGAGGAUUAAAAAUCAAUUUAAGUUUAAUUAAAUUAAUCUAAUAUCCCUAUGAAACAAUAAAAAGAUUCACAAACAUAAAAUACUCAAGAUUCUUAAAAAUAAUAAACUCCACCACCACCACCACCACCACCACCACCACCUCCACCUGUAUAAUAAACUGGAACAUCUCUUCCUCCACCACCACCUCCUCCACCUAUUUAAACAACAGGUGGACCACCUCCUCCUCCUCCUCCUAUGAGAUCUAACAAUUAAUAACCAUAACAAUUACUUAGAAAAUAAUAGCCUGCCCCAUCCAAACCUAUGAAACCACUUUUUUGGACUGCUAUUCCGGAUUCCAAAGCUUUCAAAUCAAUUUUUGAAAAAAUCUAAAAUGAUGAUAUUACUUUGGAUACAUAAUUUUUAGAAAUGAACUUUUGUAAACCUCAAGAAAUAUAAAAAUAAACAGAUAAUUCAGUGGAAGUUAAUGUUAAAAAAUAAAAAAUUAAGCUUUUAUAACCAGAAAGAUCUCAAAAUAUUGAAAUUAUUCUGAGCAAAUUACGUUUAAAUAUUAAUUCUUUUUCUGAUUCAUUACUUUAAAUAAAUCUAGAAGUUUUAACCGAAAAUGUAAUAAACUCCUUAAUUGCAAUUUGUCCUUCCUAAGAGGAAAUUGAAUUAUUGAAUGAAUUUACAGGAGAUAAAUCAUUAUUAGGGUAAUCUGAAUUAUUUAUUGAUGCUCUACGUAAAAUCAAUGGUUUUCAAUUCAGAAUCAAAGCAUUGCAUUUCAUGUAUAAUUAUCAUGACAAUAAAUCAACAUUUCUAAAGGAGGCAAACAAAUUGACUGAAGCUUUUAUAAAUUUGAAGAAUUCCUAAGAGCUAUAGACUGUUAUUUUGAUUGUUUUGAGAUUGGGUAAUUUUCUUAAUGCAAAGACUCCAAAAGGAAACAUUGCAGCAUUUAAACUAGAAGCAAUUGAAAAGUGUGGUGAUUUGAAAAGCGUCGAUAAUUAAUAGAAUCUUUUAUACUAUGUAAUCGAAAAAUCAGAGUAGAUUUUAAAUAAAGAUUUCAUAAAUUAAUAAAUUAUUACCUAAUUCGAAAUUAUUGAAAAAAUUUCUUUAUCAUAACUUCAACAAAGCUUAAAUGACAUUAAAAAAGGCCAAAAUCUAAUUGUCCAAUCCAUUGAGUCUGCAUCUGAUAAUCCUAAUGAUCUUGUGGCAAUAUAAUUUUAACCAAUUUUAACAGAUAUUCAAUAGGAUUUUGUAAAAUUUUAACAAGAAUUUUCAACAGUAGAUAAACAUUACAAGGAAUGCUGCGAAUUUUAUUGUGAAAAUUAAUCAGAGUAAUCAGAUAAAUUUGGUGAAAAAAUAAUGAAAAUAUUGAGAUGUUUAUACAAAAAUAAAUAAGAAAAGCUUAUUAAAAUAGAAAAGUAAAGAAAAGCUGAAGAAUAAAAAUUAAAAUCAUAACAAUCAUAACAAAAUGAAAAACCAAUAGCUAGGAAUGACAGAGUGAACAAAACCUGGAUGCCUUAAAAUCAAUAAAAUUAGGGAUAGACAGGAAUUAAAAAGGGAAGAGAAAGCAUGGUAGAUAAAGAAAUUAAAGAGAUGUAGAAAUUUAAAAAUCAAAGCAAAUUUUUAAAAUGA